GAUUGCUUCUCCGCUCUCUGGUCUCUGCAGGCUCCUCCUGCGGUCCAGCCUGGUUGCCGGAUUGCGCAAAAAAGGGGGAGGGGGAACGGAGAGAACCCUAGCAAGCCAGAUGUCGACCGGCGGGGUGGCCAGCGGUGAGGCGAAGCCGGUGGAGCCGGCGGAGGAGGAGGAGCGGGAUUGGUCGGAGAUGACGCCGGUGUGCCUGGCGGAGGCGUUCUCGCGGCUGGCGCUGGAGGACCUGUGGCGGGGCGCCAUGGCGUGCUGCCGCUCCUGGCGUGACGCCGCGCGGUCCCGACCGGGGCUCUUCGCGGCGCUCGACCUUGAGCCCGGGUUCGCCGAGUCGACCCCCGGCGCCGAGGCAGCCGCGUGGUGGACGCCCGCCUUCCAGCGCCGCGUCGACGCCAUGCUCCGCUCCGCCGCCACGCUCGCCGCGGGGGAGCUCCGCGAGGUCCGCGUCAGGCACUGCUCCGACGACGGGCUCGCCUUCGCCGCCGAGAGAUCUCCAAGACUUAGUAUCCUUUCCAUCAGAACAAGCCCGGCUGUAACUGAUCGAUCAAUGCUCAUUGUUGGAACAUGCUGCACCAUGCUUACAGAAUUGGAUAUCAGCAACUGCUAUGAAGUUUCAUACAGGUCACUGGAAGUUAUCGGCCAGAGCUGCCAGAACCUCAGGGUCCUCAAGCGGAACAUAUUCAACUGGAUCGAUCCAUCAGAGCAUGUCGGUAUAGUUCCUGAGGACUACCUGAGAGAAUGCCCCCAAGAUGGCGACAGGGAAGCCAUUACAAUAUCCAAGUUCAUGCCCAAGCUUAAACAUCUCGAGCUAAGGUUCUCAAAGCUGACUGCUGUUGGUCUCAACUCAAUCCCUGGAGGAUGCAAGGAACUGGAGAUCCUGGACCUGUUUGGCUGCGCAAAUCUGACAAGCCGGGGGAUAGAUCAGGCCGCUGCUAACUUGAAAAAUCUGGAAACACUUGUGAAGCCCAACAUCUACAUUCCUAGGUCCUCCUUCCAUAUGGGGAGGUAUGGCCACUGGCAGUUAUACGACGAGAGGUUCCAGACAAAUGUAUUUCAGAUAUGAUUAUAGCCUCAGGUUCGACCUAAGGGGCUCCCUUCGACCUAUAGUUUGCGCUCUCUAAUAUAGGUUGUAUGUAUCUGUGCACAAAUAAUAACAAUAAUGUGUGGUUUUAUUGAUUUCUGUUGACAACAUUUUGUACAGAUGGUUCUGCUCCAGAGAUUUGUAAAGUUAAAUUGGGUUUUAUUUAACGUAAUGCCCAUAUAUGGUUGCAAGAAAUA